UUUUUUUUUCCGGGCGGCCCCGGCGGCUGCGUACUGGCUGUGGGAUGGGAAGUGAAGCCCCAGCGAGCUGCUGCGGCGGGGCGGUGAGGAGCAGCCAGCGGGAGGAGGCGGCGGCGAGUCGGUGAGCACCGGAGAGCGCGGAGCCGGGCAGAGGGAGCACCUGCAGCCAGCGGCGGCGGCCCCACCAUGGCGAUUCGCAAGAAGAGCAACAAGAGCCCGCCGCUGCUGAGCCACGAAUUCGUUGUGCAGAAUCACGCGGACAUCGUGUCCUGCUUGGCGAUGCUCUUCCUGCUGGGGCUCAUGUUCGAGAUAACAGCAAAAGCUGCCAUUAUUUUCGUGGCUCUUCAGUACAACGUUACCCACCCUGCAGCAGAAGAACAAGCUACUGAAUCAGCAUCCCUUUAUCACUAUGGCUUCAAAGAUUUGGCUACGGUUUUCUUCUACAUGCUAGUGGCGAUAAUUAUUCAUGCCAUAAUUCAAGAAUAUGUGUUGGAUAAAAUUAACAGACGAAUGCACUUCUCCAAAACGAAGCACAGCAAGUUUAAUGAAUCUGGACAGCUUAGUGCGUUCUACCUUUUUGCUUGUGUCUGGGGCACAUUCAUUCUCGUCUCUGAAAACUAUAUCUCAGAUCCAACUAUCUUGUGGAGGGCUUAUCCCCAUAACCUGAUGACAUUUCAAAUGAAGUUUUUCUACAUCUCACAGUUGGCUUACUGGCUCCAUGCUUUCCCUGAGCUCUACUUCCAGAAAACCAAAAAAGAAGAUAUUCCUCGUCAGCUUGUCUACAUUGGUCUUUACCUCUUUCACAUUGCUGGAGCUUAUCUUUUGAACUUGAAUCACCUGGGACUUGUUCUUCUGGUGCUGCAUUAUUUUGUUGAAUUUCUUUUCCACAUUUCUCGUCUGUUUUAUUUUAGUGAUGAAAAGUAUCAGAAAGGGUUUUCUCUCUGGGCAGUUCUUUUUGUUUUGGGAAGACUUCUGACCUUAAUUCUGUCAGUACUUACUGUUGGUUUUGGACUGGCAAGAGCAGAGAAUCAGAAGCUGGAUUUCACUACAGGAAACUUCAAUGUGUUGGCAGUUAGGAUUGCUGUUCUGGCGUCCAUUUGCAUUACCCAGGCCUUCAUGAUGUGGAAGUUCAUUAACUUCCAGCUUCGGAGGUGGAGGGAGCACUCUGCUUUUCAGGCUCCGCCAGUGAAGAAGAAACCAGUGGUGACCAAGGGGAGAUCUUCUAGAAAAGGGACAGAAAAUGGUGUUAAUGGAACAGUCACAUCAAAUGGAGCAGACUCUCCCCGUAAUAGGAAAGACAAAUCUUCAUAAUGAAUUACAAACUACGAUGUCCCCAAAGAAUCUUCUUUUUACUAUAUCUUUCAGCACUAGAGAUUUUUCUGUUCUUGAACCUGAGUUGAUGCUUUUUGAUUUCUGCUGUUGUACUGUUCCUGCAUCUUUAAAGGGCAUUUGAGGGGAAGGUAAUUACUAUGAGUGAGAAAGUAUUUUAGCUUUGACUAAGCUACCUGCCUUCAAAAUAGUUUAGGGACCACCACAUAUUUUAUUUUGCUUUUAUCUUUGAACAUUUUUCUAAUGGUUUUGGGGGAAAAAAAAAACAUUUACAAACACCCCCCCAGAACCAGUGAAGUUUUCUUGCUCUCGCCCAGUUUUUAUAUUGGCAGGUGACCUGUUCUAAGAAGGUCACAUUUUUUUAAGUUAUCUUUCAGGGUAAAAUGGAAAUACUAUAAAGUCAGAUGUCAAACUUUUAAUGUUUUCAGUGUUCUCAGUAAUUUUUAGAAAUUUUUUUGUAGUCUUUACACCUGGAAAAAAAAAUUUGUAAAAUCACCACAGUAAUUGUGUACUUUAUGUUAUAAGUAGUGGUUGUAGGUGUUACACCCCAUUAAAAAAGUACUAAUAGUGUGAAAAUUUAUUGCCAUAUAUUGGAUCAAAAUGUCUUACUAGCAUAAAAGUACUUAGGAAGUGAAGUCUUUUCUUGUGCAUUUUCCACAUUUAUAAACUGGCAGUCAGAAAAUGUUUACUGUGAGGAGGAAUAUCCAACUUACAUAGCCCUUUUUUAUAUGUUUAGUAAUAAUUCUUUAUGGGGCUUGUCAUAAGUUUGAUAUGCAUAGCAUGUUAAAGAAAUACCGUUUAACCUGCAAACCCUUUUAAGAAAUAAUGCCUAUUCAUUUAUAUCUAUAAAAAAGAUGUCAGGUAAUUAUAUUUGGAAAACCAAUGCACUAACUUUAAAGAAAUUGAAAAUUCAGGUGGAUAGUCUUGACAAAAGACAAUGCUUUAUGUUAUACUGUGGCUUUGGACCCAUCUUUAAUUGAGAAACAUUUAUCUGUAUAAAACAUAUUUUUGGAUAAAUAUAUAUAUAUAUAUUUGUAUCUACAGAAAGGCUCUGCAAAGCAUUUGAGUAAAACGCCUGGUUCCCUUUUCUAUUUUUACCCUUAGAACCCGUACAUUUGGUUUGUUUGUUGUCGUUGCAGUGCACACAGUGCUCCUUAGUGUCCAUGUUUUGUCCCCAUUUCUUCUGUCACCAGCUAAUGUGUUUGUGCCAUUUUGAAUACGAGAGUCUCAGACCUUCCUGGUCUGGCUCCAGCUGCCGUGCUGCUAGGAAGUUGUGCUUUCUCUUUCCAGCUGUUCACCUACUUCCUGGAAAGUAGUAGCUCUCUGUAGCAUUAUGAACUUUCAGUGGAACCAAAUUUUUGCCAUUAAAAACUGGCAUUACAUUGAACUAUACACUGAGAAAUCAAAAUAAAAAUUUUUACUUUCACAA